CAUUUUUCAUUCCAAACAAACAACCUUCGCAGACUUGUGUCGCUGUGUAAGCACUUUCGUUUCGGCUUCUUCAGUCCAUAACAGUGGCAUUAGGGUUUGCAGAUUUUCAACUCCCUCAUACUCACAACCUCCAAAUGUCACAAUUUCCAAUUCCAAUUUAACCAUUCCCAAGCCAUAGCACAAUGAUUAAGGUUUCCAACCAUAUAAAUUUUCCACUCCUCAAAUGCGCAGCGUUCGCCAAAAUGUUAAGCACAAGCGACCAAAUUCCAGAUUUUGCAGAAGUAACAGAAACUGUAUGCAACGUUAUGAUGUCUUCUCCCACAGUCACACUCGACACCGCUCUUAACCAAACAGGGGUUAGGGUUUCUCCAGAAUUAGUUGAAACUGUCCUCAAGAGGUUCGAAAAUGCCGGAAUGUCGGCGUUUCGGUUCUUCGAAUGGGCCGAGAAUCAGCGAAACUACUCACAUUCGGUAAGGGCGUAUCACUUGAUGAUUGAGUCUUUGUUAAAGAUUAGGCAGUAUCAGAUUGUGUGGGAUCUUGUUAAUUCAAUGAGGAAAAAGGGUAUGGUAAAUGUUGAAACUUUUUGUAUUAUCAUGAGAAAAUAUGCUAGAGCUCAUAAGGUUGAUGAAGCUGUUUAUACUUUUAAUGUGAUGGAUAAAUACGACACGCCGCAGAAUCUUGCGGCUUUUAAUGGGCUGUUGAGUGCUUUGUGUAAGUCUAAGAAUGUGAGGAAGGCUCAGGAGAUUUUUGAUAGCAUGAAGGGACGGUUUGAGCCGGAUUCGAAGACUUAUAGUAUAUUGCUUGCAGGGUGGGGAAAGGAACCGAAUCUUCCGAAAGCAAGAGAGGUUUUCGGUGAAAUGGUUUGUGCGGGGUGUAGCCCUGAUAUUGUUACUUAUGGUAUAAUGGUUGAUAUUCUUUGUAAGGCUGGACGGGUUGAUGAAGCUGUCGAGGUUGUUAAGGAUAUGGAUGAUAAUAAUUGCAGGCCGACUUCGUUUAUUUAUAGUGUUCUUGUUAAUACUUAUGGAGUGGAGAAUCGGAUUGAGGAUGCUAUUGAUGCUUUCAUGGAGAUGGAAAGGAAUGGAAUUGAGGCGGAUGUUGUGGUGUAUAAUGCAUUGAUUGGUGCUUUUUGUAAGGCGAAUAAAUUAAAGAACGUGCAUAGGGUGUUAAGAGAGAUGGAAAGUAAGGGUAUUGCUCCGAAUUCAAGGACCUGUAAUGUUAUCAUGAGCAGUUUGAUUAGUCAAGGAGAGACUGAUAAAGCUUUUAGUGUUUUUCGCCGGAUGAUUAAACUGUGUGAACCUGAUGCCGAUACGUAUACGAUGCUGAUAAAGAUGUUUUGUGAGAAGAAUGAAGUGGAUAUGGCUUUGAACAUAUGGAGGUAUAUGAAGUCAAAACAGUUUGUCCCAAGCUUGCACACUUUUUCAGCCCUUAUCAAUGGACUGUGUCAAGAGGGAAAUGUUGUGAAAGCAUGUGUUUUGCUGGAAGAGAUGAUAGAGAAAGGAAUUCGACCAUCACGGAUUACAUUUGCAAAGUUAAGACAGUUACUUAUAAAGGAAGGGAGAGAAGAUGUGCUCAAAUUUCUGCAUGAGAAGAUAAAUCUUCUAGUUAAGGAACCUUUGUAUGAUUAAACCAUGGAAGGCUGCUCGCAGUUGGAGUAAAGAAAAAUUUACGAGCACUAGCUGUGUCUCUUAACUAAGAACGGCAUCUUUUGAGGGAUAUUGGAUUUUUAAAGCAGGCGCUGUUGAAGACAUACAGAGGCUAUGCACCCAGAGAGCUGGUGUGAUAGUGGUUGUUGGGGAUAACAACUUACAAGAUGUAUGUGUAAUUUUUCUUCAGGCAACUUAAGAAAAAAGGAUUGUAAGAGGAUUGUGUUCUUGAGUUUUGGUCGAAUUUUUAUGAUCCACAGACAAAAGGAACCAACCCAUGAUAGAACUCCAUUAAAUGCAUUGCUCAGAUUCUUUUUGUUGUUUGUAUUAAUCACAUCAACUAACAUCUGUUUGAUUUCCUAUGGGGUGGAUUCAGUUAGUUGUAAUAAGAUAGAAGGCAAAAAUGCACAUGUAGAGAUUGGCAUGGCCAUUGAUAUGUUUUUUUUUCUUCCGGGGAUUGCUUAUUACACCCCAAUGCAUUGAUAUGUAUAGCAAGAAAGGAAGAAGAUGGACAAGGGCGGGAAAGGAAGAGCAAAAAAGAGAGAGGAGCACCAUAACAGAAGGGACACAAAGUCCAAGGGGAGUGAAGCAACUAGAGGGGUGCGGAGAAAUUCCACGCGGUUAAAGACUUAGGGCUGAAUGCAGAUGCUGUUCUCUACCAGUUUAUUUUUAAUUUUCAUCUUUUCAUUGUUCAUCCUGCAAGGAGCCAUACUCCAUCCAUAACAUUGUCAUACUUUUUCUUCUUUUACUUGUUACAUUACAUAUGGUAAGAAAGGGAAUCACCCUCUGUUUUUAAAUAAAUUUAAUACAAUUUUAUGUUCACUGUUUUUUGAGUUACAAGUUCUUGUCAAAUUAGUAUCAACAUGAUACAGUUUCAGCAACAAUUGAUACCAAGAUUCCUACAAAAGACAAUUUAGCCCGAAGGAGAAUAUUAUCCAAUAGACAACUAGGCUGUGUCGGGGAGUGUGGGAGAGAGGAAUCGGUAUCUCAUAUUUUCUUUGAGUGUCCAAAAUCUGCAGGUGCGUGGAGCCUCAUUUGUAACUGGCUAGGAGUUCAUUCAAAUCUACACAAUGAUGGAUGGCAACAUCUCGAACAGUUUGAAGGUCUGCUUGGUACUCAAAGAAAGUUAUCCUUGAAACUGAGAGUUAUAUGGGCUGCUUGUGUGUGGUGCAUAUGGAGAUACAGGAAUAAUAAAGUGUUUCGGAACGAGGAAAUCCAACUGGAAAAAGUGGUAGAAGAGGCGAAGAUCUUGGCUUGGAGAUGGCUUAGAUUAAAAUCUAAGCUUAUUGCUGACGAUAUAGUCGCGUGGUGCAAGAAUCCUAAGGCGUGCUUCGGCAUUCUUGAUGAUUGAGAAUGUCGGUGUGUGCAGAGACGGUUUUGGUUCUGCUAUUUUGCAAGGUGCUUAGAGUUUCUCCUCAGCCGUAUGUAUUUCCUUAUCAGUGUUGGUUUGUGGCAAGGCAGAUCCGGUGCUCAGUAUUCGUUCAUCGACAUAUCGCAUUGACAGAAGUGAAACUUGGUCCACGCCAAAAUUUUCCGGUCUGAGGCUGAUAAUUUCUGUUAUGUAUAAUGUAUUUUGAUUCUGCUGGUAUGCUGUAAUUAAGGUGAUGAGCUGUUAUAUAAUUUGGCUACUGAUAUGCUUUGGCAUAUUUGCUGUUUUGGCUGCUGUAUCCUGGUUCUAUUUUUGUACUCUGGCUAAUGGCCUGGGCAUUUCUUAUGCCAAGCUUUAAUGGUAAUGUUUUUGCUUGUUUC